CCCCGCUCCCCAGCGAGCCGGAAAAACCGCCAUGGCCCAGCGCUCCGCGCGCCCCGCGCGCCGCGGCCGCGCGGCGGCCGCCGCGCUGCUGGCCCUGGGGGCCGCGUGGUGCUUCGCGCCUUCGGCCGGCGCCGGCGGCGCGAGGACGGCGUCCGGUGGAGGUCUGAGGGCCAAAGGGGAGCAGCUGGAGUACUUUGACGUCUACACGAAGGAGGAGUUUCUUCAGCUGCUUGAUGGCAGCCGGGCCGACCAGCGCUCCAUCGGGGAGCAAGAGAAGAUCGAGAGGAUGGUGAGCUUCCUGGAGAUGCAGAACCCCAUGCAGCGCCCAGCGGAGUCCAUGCAGCUGGUGGGCAGGUGGCGCCUGAGCUUCUGCGGGGUGAACCGGGGGCUCCAGGUGCAGCCAGCCUUAGAGGCUCAGAAGGAGUCCCAGGCCGGCGAGAUCCAGUCUGUGUCCCUGGAGAUUGCGCAGGACUACUCCCUGAAGACGGAGGUGGUGCUGGGCCCAAAUUCCGUGCUGGUGGCGCGCCAGAGCCCGCUCAAGAAGCCGCCUCCCCGGGGAGAGGUGCUCAAAGAGGAGGCCGGCUUCAAGAGGUAUGUGAAGGUCACGUACUUGGACGACGACCUGCUGAUCCUGCGCGGCCGGGCCGCUUCGGAGGUGUACCGGAAAGCCUGACGGACCCGAGGUGCGGCGUGGAGGCGAGCCUCGCGCAGUCCCGGCGCGCGUUCCUGCCGGUCCAUCGACGGCUUCGACGACUGCGAUGGCGGAGAAGUCUGCGCCGCGGGAAUCCGCGUGGAGGGAAUCCGCGAUCGCAGAUGGCGCGUGGGAACUCCGCUGCGGCGGAGAGGUUGUUUUUGCUGGAUUUUGUUUGCAGGUGAAUGGGAAGUGAUGAUUCCCUGGGCUUCGUGGGAGAAGCACCCCCCUGUUAAUAAGCUGGG